CUCUCUAUCCCUAACCUUCACCCUUUCCUCCCAACCUCAUUCUUCAGUAAUAGCCCCUUCACCAUCAUCCUCAAUCCUCUUCCAUCUCUCUUGUCUUCUCCUCUUUCUACACCACCACCACCGCCAGUCCUCUCACCGCCAGUCUUCUCUCGCUGCUUCCCUGCCACUGCCACCGUCGGAUUUUAGCCACCACCACGUAGGCCCGACGUUUCUUCAGUGAUGAUGAUGGUGGUCGAACAACGACGCCAUAAUUGAAUCAAAAGAUGACCUUCAACAACGCCAUAGUUUUUUUUUUAUCAAUGACCUGGUUUCUUUGUGAGUGUUGUUUUAUGAUUUUCACUCAUGUUGGUGCAGGUCGCUGAGCAAGAGUAUGAAAAGGAAAAGCUUAAUGAGAGAAUUGCAAAUUUUGGUAAAUGCUGGAUUUCAGUAAGGCUAAAUUUUAGAGAAGCGAAAUCUCUUCCUUUCUGGCAGCAGGAGUUUCUGAAGGUUCUUAGUGUCAGUGAGAACAUCGUCUUGAUUGGUGAAACUGGUAGUGGUAAAUCUACUCAGUUCUUGUUUCUAGCUUGCUUGAUACGAUGGGGACAUAUCUUAGUAAACCUAAAACUGAGAAGGUGUCCCAAGAUGCUGAAUUGCAAAUUGUCGUCAGAAGGGAUGAAGGGGAAUAUGGGUUUCAUAGUUUUUUCUUGGGAAAAAAAAAAUUGAAGUUGACUGUAUCAACGACGUUUCAAAAGGUAAUGACAAACGCGCCGCACCUGAAGUUCGAUUUUGAGAAGGAUUUUCAGAAGGAUUUUCGAGGAUUUCCAUGUGAGGUC